AUGUCUGAUCCCAGCUCUAGCUUGGCGGCUGACGAGCCCACGUGGCAGCCCGACAGCUCCUCUCUUGAAUGCAAUUUAUGUGGGUCAAAAUUUGGCCUUUUCAACAGACGUCACCACUGCCGUAAAUGUGGAAAGCUUAUCUGUGGCUCAUGCUCCAGCCAAUUCAUCGCCUUUUUCCCCAACUCCCGUAUCGUGCGUCCUCUGGGGCCGCUGCGACGCACGAUUGUCGAAGAGUAUCAUCGCAUGUGUGAUGAAUGUGCGGAUGAAACACGGAUGAUUCGACAGGCACUUGAAGAUCGAGGAACACCUGAAAGAGGACCGCCCACUCCAACCACCAGAGCGGCAGCGAUAGCGAAAAGAGUGGUGCAAGUUGCAACUCGUCCUCUGGAUCUGGCAUCCACUUUGCUAGUGGACGCUGACUCUAGCAGCGACCACAACUUAUGUCCAAUAUGUGCAAAGAACUUGGAAGCACUCUAUGAGGAACAGGUUAGCCGGGAUGACUUGGAAGAUAGCAAUGAAGCACGUGAGGCGUUUAAAGAACGCCAUGUUUCGGAGUGUUUAGUUGAAAGUGACUUUGCUCUGGAGCUACGGCUGGUUGCUGGAUCACCGUUGCGAAAUCGGAUGUUGGUGUAUAAGGUCCCACCAACACAGCCCGGAGAGUCACCGGGCAACGACCAGGAUCACGAGUGUGUGAUUUGCUUGGAGGAUAUCUGUCCCGGAGACAAGGUUGGGCGGUUAGAAUGUCUUUGCGUGUUUCAUUACAAAUGCAUCAAGGACUGGUUCAACCGGAAAGGGCCUGGUCUGUGCCCUGUGCAUUUCUUGCACAAAUGA